AUGCGGUUCACUGUGAGGAAGGUGCUGUUCGUGAUCUCCUUCAUUGUAUUGGCGGCGUUAGCUGCACACCUUGGCCAACAGAUGUUAGAAUGUCAGCAAAUUCUUGAUGAAGGCUAUGGCAGGAAAAAUCGUGGAGUCAUGAAGCCAGAGAGUGAAGAAUUAGUUAUGAUGGAUGCCAAUAAUGUAGAAUACAGAUACAGUAAAGACAUGCCUCUUAUAUUUAUUGGUGGAGUGCCACGAAGUGGUACAACCUUAAUGAGAGCAAUGCUGGACGCUCAUCCCGAUGUCCGAUGUGGAGAAGAAACACGUAUUAUUCCACGGAUUUUAGCUAUGCGCCAAGCAUGGUCAAAAUCUGGCAGUGAAAAGAUGCGCCUUGAUGAAGCUGGUGUAACAGACCAUGUAAUGGAUGCUGCUGUACAAGCAUUUAUACUAGAAAUCAUAGCCAAACACGGAGAACCUGCAAAACUUUUAUGUAACAAAGAUCCUUUCACUUUGAAAUCGUCCGUUUAUCUCUCCAAACUCUUCCCGAAUUCCAAGUUUCUGUUAAUGAUAAGGGACGGACGUGCCUCUGUACAUUCCAUGAUCACUAGGAAGAUAACUAUAGCUGGCUUUGAUUUAAACAGUUAUAGAGACUGCCUCACCAAGUGGAACAAAGCGAUAGAGAUUAUGUACGCACAAUGCUUAGAAAUUGGGGAGCGAAAGUGCCUUCCUGUUUACUAUGAACAGCUAGUCUUGCACCCUAAGCACACGAUGCAAGCAAUUAUAGACUUUCUGGGCAUAUCCUGGGAUGAUGCCGUGCUGCAUCAUGAGGAAUUGAUCGGGAAACCUGGAGGAGUGUCUCUUUCAAAAACUGAAAAGUCAACUGACCAAGUAAUGAAGCCUGUGAACCUUGAGGCCCUGUCUAAGUGGGUUGGGAAGCUUCCUACAGACAUUGUAGAAGACAUGCCUCGUAUCGCCCCGAUGCUUGCCAGACUGGGCUAUGAUCCCUAUGCCAACCCACCAAGAUAUGGUAAUCCAGAUGCCAUAGUUGUCAACAACACUCAUAAAAUCUUGAAGGGAGAUUUUAAAACCCCAAGCAGUCUGAAAGGAUACAUUCAGGUUCAUCAGAAUAACUCUUCACACUGGUGA